CUGCACUACGGGACCCUCCUGGGCAGCAGAGCUUGUGUCCACAUGGCAGCAGCUGCCUGGGCCACUGGGUUUCUCAAUGCUCUGCUGCACACGGCCAAUACAUUUUCACUGCCCCUGUGCAAGGGCAAUGCCCUGGGCCAGUUCUUCUGUGAAAUCCCCCAGAUCCUCAAGCUCUCCUGCUCACACUCCUACCUCAGGGAACUUGGGCUCCUUGUGCUCAGUGCCUGUUUAUUUUUUACGUGUUUUGUGUUCAUUGUGGUGUCCUAUGUGCAGAUCUUGAGGGCCGUGCUGAGGAUCCCCUCUGAGCAGGGACGGCACAAAGCCUUUUCCACCUGCCUCCCUCACCUGGCCGUGGUCUCCCUGUUCCUCAGCACUGCCAUGUUUGCCCACCUGAAGCCCCCCUCCAUCUCUUCCCCAUCCCUGGACCUGGUGGUGUCUGUUCUGUACUCAGUGGUGCCUCCAGCAGUGAACCCCCUCAUCUACAGCAUGAGGAACCAGGAGCUCAAGGAUGCUCUGUGGAAACUCGUAUCUUAG